UUUUUUCCUCUUUUUUCUCUUUGUAAUUUCCUUCCAUCCUCUAAGACUUAAGUUGGAAUCCCAGUGAUUUAAGUAUUAACUCUAUUACUUUCCCACCGUUUUGUGUGUGUCUCGUCCAGGUCCCCAGGAAGGUGACACGUCUGUAACGGCAGGGAUUGUGUCCUCUGUGGCCCUGCUUAGUGCCUGGCAGUCGUGCUGUGUCGCUGUGUGCUGUCUCUCCCUAAUCGUGUGCAAUUGUUUCAGUGUCCCCCCAGGUGUAACGACCUGUGAACUUUAAAACAAGCCGCACAACACAAACAAGAUGGGCGAGAAGAGGCCAGAGCCUCUGGACUUCGUGAAGGAUUUCCAGGAGUACCUGACCCAGCAGACCCACCACGUGAACAUGAUCUCGGGAUCAGUGAGCGGGGACAAGGAGGCAGAGGCUCUUCAGGGAGCUGGGACAGAUGGCGAUCAAAAUGGACUUGACCACCCAUCUGUUGAAGUUUCCCUGGAUGAAAACUCGGGAAUGUUAGUAGACGGCUUCGAAAGGACCUUCGAUGGGAAGCUCAAGUGUCGUUAUUGCAACUAUGCCAGCAAAGGGACAGCCCGGCUUAUUGAACACAUCAGAAUCCACACAGGUGAAAAACCUCAUAGAUGUCACUUAUGUCCAUUUGCCUCUGCUUACGAGCGUCACCUGGAAGCCCAUAUGCGUUCCCAUACAGGAGAAAAACCAUAUAAAUGUGAAUUGUGUUCCUUCCGCUGCAGCGAUCGAAGUAACCUCUCCCAUCAUCAACAGCACAAGCAUAAGAUGGUACCAAUCAAAGGUGAGAGGUCUUCCUUAAGCAGCAAGAAAAUGUGGGGCGUUUUACAGAAGAAACCCAGCAACCUGGGCUAUAGCAGAAGAGCACUAAUCAACUUAAGUCGCUCCAUGGUGGUUCAGAAGCCAGACUACCUUAACAAUUUCACCCAUGAAAUCCCCAACAUCCAGACGGACUCCUAUGAAAGUAUGGCGAAAAGCACCUCAACUGGGGGCCUACCCAGGGACCCCCAAGAACUCCUGGUCGACAACCCUCUCAAUCAGCUCUCCACUCUCGCAGGGCAGUUGUCCAGCCUGCCCCCUGAAAACCAGAACCCUGCGUCCCCCGACGUCGUGCCCUGCCCAGACGAGAAGCCUUUCCUGCUGCAGCAGCCCUCGGCCCAGGCAGUGGUUUCUGCCGUGGCCGCAAGUAUUCCUCAGAGCACCUCCCCCACCAGCCCCGAGCCUCGGCCGCCCCAGAGCCAGAGGAACUACAGUUCCGUGGCAGAUCCAAGCAGCGAACCCAGUGCCCACAGGAGCACCCCGAGCAUAGGAAACAGCCAGCCGAGCACGCCCGCUCCGAUCCUGCCGGCCCAGAACCCGCAGCUCCUGCACCACUGCCAGCACUGUGCUGAAGGCUGA